UCAGAGGCUGCGCUCGCCUGUCAGACAUUUAAACAGAAUUACGAAACAACUUGUUCCAAACUGGAUUGUGACAUAUUGCAAAAGUGAGAUGGCAUCAACGGCGACCCUGAUUCAGCCUUCCGGGGAACUGUGGAAGAAAAUCCGCGAGGAAUUGAAUGAGGAUGUCAACACCAGGGCGCAGGACUUAGCUGCCAUCAAAGAGUGGCUGAGAAAGCAACCCCAUCUACCAGAUGAAUGGGAAGACGCGUGCCUGAUGACUUUUCUCCGAGGCUGUAGCUUCUCCCUUGAGAAAUGUAAAAAGAAACUUGAUAUGUACUUCACGAUGAGGGCUGCUUGCCCAGAGUUCUUCGCGAACAGAGACGUAACCAGACCAGAGCUAAUGGACCUGCUGAAUAGAGCCCAAGGACCUACACUCCCUGGCUUGACGCCUCAAGGUCGACGAGUAACCAUCGCCAGAGCACUGGACAAGAACCUGGACACGAACCAGCUUAAUGAUGUCUUCAAACUUGCAAUGAUGAUCGGAGAUGUAAGACUGCGUGAAGAAGUCGAGGGAAUAGCUGGAGACGUUUACGUACUGGACGCUUCUAUUCUAAUGCCAAGCCACCUCGCCAAGAUUUCACCAGCAGUGCUGAAGAAAUUCUUCAUUUGUAUACAGGAAGCUUAUCCAGUGAAACUGAAGGAAAUACACGUUAUCAAUGCAUCUCCCCUCGUGGAUGUCGUAUUCAACAUUGUAAAACCAUUCCUUAAAGAAAAAAUGAAGAAAAGAGUGUUCUUCCACGCCGAUGUGCAAUGUCUUCAGGAUUAUAUCCCUAAAGAAAUUCUACCCGUUGAAUUCGGAGGCAACGGAUGUUCUCUUGAAGACGUGAACAAAGCUUGGAUGAAGAAGCUAGAGGAGUACAGUCCUUGGUUUAAGCAACAAGAAGCUUUAAAAGCUAACGAAGCUAUGAGACCAGGAAAGCCAACUAAUUACGACGAACUCUUUGGUAUUGAUGGCUCAUUUAGACAGCUGUCAAUAGAUUAAACUUAGGUUAU